UCAGUCAUAUCUCUCAAAUUUUAUCCCAUUUUAAUCUAGCUACUGGACGCGUGCGGCUAAGUUUUCAUGGCGAAAUUAUCACAGCAGAACACAAAAAACACAGCAAGUAACAAUAAGAACACGACUAAUGGCGUGACCAAGGUGAAACGAACAAGGAGAAGUGUUCCAAGAGACUCUCCUCCUCAACGCAGCUCCAUUUAUCGUGGCGUUACUAGGCACCGGUGGACCGGCCGAUAUGAAGCUCAUUUGUGGGAUAAGAAUUGCUGGAAUGAAUCACAGAGCAAGAAAGGACGACAAGGUGCCUAUGAUGAUGAAGAAGCGGCAGCGCAUGCUUAUGACUUAGCUGCACUGAAGUACUGGGGUCCUGAGACAAUUCUUAAUUUUCCGUUGUCGACAUACCAAAAUGAACUGAAAGAAAUGGAGGGUCAGUCAAGAGAAGAGUGUAUCGGAUCAUUGAGAAGGAAAAGCAGUGGCUUUUCUCGUGGAGUUUCAAAAUAUCGAGGAGUUGCUAGGCAUCAUCACAAUGGGAGGUGGGAAGCUCGGAUUGGUAGAGUAUUUGGCAACAAAUACCUAUAUCUCGGGACAUAUGCUACUCAAGAAGAAGCUGCCACCGCUUACGAUAUGGCGGCUAUAGAGUACCGUGGCCUGAAUGCUGUUACCAACUUCGAUCUUAGCCGUUACAUCAAAUGGCUAAAACCCAAUCAAAAUAACAGUGAUAGCAAUAACGAUCUAAAUCUCCCUAACCCUAUCCUAGGCACUGAUAGUUCAACUCAUCCUAACCCUAAACAAGAGCUUGGAACAACCUUCCUUCAAAACCAGCAAACCUACCAACCGAGUGAAACUACAUUAACUCAACCACGGCCAGCAACGAAUCCUUCAUCUGCCCUAGGGCUCUUACUUCAAUCAUCGAAGUUCAAGGAGAUGAUGGAAAUGACAGCAGUGACAGAUGGCCCACCAACCCCACCGUCGGGCUUAGACCUGACACCAUGUAGCUUCCUUGAAGACGUACAGACAUAUUUUGACUGUCACGAUUCACGUAACUACGGAGAUCAAGGUGACGACAUGAUUUUUGGCGACCUCCGCUCGUUUGUGCCACCCAUGUUCCAGUGCGAUUUCGAGACAUAA